AUGAAUAUCGAUACGAUCCCAGACUUCCUGGCAGAACAGCGCGAUGCUGCCCCUGCAGACCUGCAACACCUCUUCAUCUCCUUCGAGGAUCUAUGGGAGCGAAAGCUGUGGCAUCAGUUGACGGAGACUUUACUAGAGUUCUUCAAGUACCCCGAGAGCGCCCCGCAGCGGUUACCCUUCUAUAAAACAUUCAUCCUCACUUUCGCAGACAAGAUCAACCAGCUAAAGCUUGUUGAGCUUGCCCUACUCGCCGCUUCACAAUGUCGAGAUAGCCAAGAGCGCCUGUCUUUCCUGGAGUCCGUGGCGAAGAAAGUCGAUAACCCCAACUCACAAGACGCCUAUGUCCAUGCAACCGUUGCCGUCGCUAAUGUUAAGUUGGAGUUGAAGGAUUUGGAGGGUGCGAGAAAGGAUUUGGACAAGUCUGAGAAGAUCUUGGAUGGCUUCGAUUCAGUUGAGACCAGCGUUCAUGCAGCCUUCUACCAAAACAACGCACAAUAUUACCAGUCAAAACUGGAAUUUGCGUCCUAUUACCGAAAUGCCCUCCUCUACCUCGCCUGCAUCGAGUUGGAUAACUUGACACCUGCCGAACGAAAGAGCCGCGCCUAUGAUCUUAGUAUUGCUGCUUUGGUCUCUGAUACUAUCUACAAUUUCGGAGAGCUCCUCUUACAUCCUAUCCUCGACGCGCUGGUGCCUGAUGAUAAAUGGCUUCGGGACCUUCUGUUCGCCUUUAACCGUGGAGAUUUGGCCGCGUACGACGUUCUGGCUGGAAACAUCUCCUCGAAUCCCCUUCUUUCAGAGCACCGUGAUGGACUGAGACAAAAAAUCUACCUCGCUGCUUUGACCGAGAUUGUAUUCCGCCGACCACCUCAUGACCGUGCCAUGUCAUUCCGCACUAUCGCUGAAGAAACCAAGGUCCGACCGGAUGAGAUUGAGCACUUAAUCAUGAAGGCACUGAGUUUAGGACUGCUGAGAGGAAGCAUCGAUCAAGUUGACGAGAUUGCGCGCAUCAACUGGGUACAGCCCAAGGUGCUGGAUAUGCAACAAAUCGACAAUAUGCGUUUGAGGUUGCAAGAAUGGGAUUCAAGUGUCAACAAAUUGGGCAACUGGAUUGAGGAGAGGGGCCAAGAUGUUUGGGCUGCGUAA